GUGCAAAACCUGGCCAGCAGCCCGAGUGAGUAGGAGCCAUGUGACUCUGGUGAGUUGGAGUGUGCAAUUGCCUCCUGCUUCAGAGCUACCUGAUCCGAAUACUAAGCAGAGCGAGUGCCGGGCUGAGUGUAAGACACUGAAGACACUGCAGAGCAAGGUGCUUAUUCCAGAGGCGUUACAAAACAUGGAGAUUAAAGACCAGGGAGCCCAAAUGGAGCCGCUGCUGCCUACGCCCUGAAGAUGCUGAGAGAUAGAGAUGGCUGUGAUUACCUUUCUUUAAGACAGGAAAUGCAAUCUUUAGGGGUUUCUGGAAAUAGAAAAGUCUUGCGGUCUGGAACAUAUGAGCCUUUUCAAUCUCUAAGUCAUCAGAGAAAUGAUGAAGAGGCAGUUGUGGAUAGAGGUGGAACUCGUUCCAUUCUCAAAACACACUUUGAGAAAGAAGAUUUAGAAGGUCAUCGAACACUCUUUAUUGGAGUUCAUGUGCCCCUGGGAGGAAGAAAAAGCCAUCGACGUCACAGGCAUCGUGGUCAUAAACACCGGAAGAGAGACAGAGAGAGAGAUUCGGGAUUAGAAGAUGGAAGGGAGUCACCUUCUUUUGACACCCCAUCACAGCGGGUACAGUUUAUUCUUGGAACUGAGGAUGAUGAUGAGGAACACAUUCCUCAUGACCUUUUCACAGAACUGGAUGAGAUUUGCUGGCGUGAAGGUGAGGAUGCUGAGUGGCGAGAAACAGCCAGGUGGUUGAAGUUUGAAGAAGAUGUGGAAGAUGGAGGAGAAAGGUGGAGCAAGCCUUAUGUGGCUACUCUUUCAUUGCACAGCUUGUUCGAGUUGAGAAGUUGCAUUCUGAAUGGGACUGUGUUGCUGGACAUGCAUGCUAACACUUUAGAAGAAAUUGCAGAUAUGGUCCUUGACCAACAAGUGAGCUCAGGUCAGCUGAAUGAAGAUGUACGCCACAGGGUCCAUGAGGCACUGAUGAAACAGCAUCACCACCAGAAUCAGAAAAAACUCACCAACAGGAUUCCCAUUGUUCGUUCCUUUGCUGAUAUUGGCAAGAAACAAUCAGAACCAAAUUCCAUGGACAAAAAUGCAGGUCAGGUUGUUUCUCCUCAGUCUGCUCCAGCCUGUGUUGAAAAUAAAAACGAUGUUAGCAGAGAAAACAGCACUGUUGACUUCAGCAAGGUUGAUCUGCAUUUUAUGAAAAAGAUUCCUCCAGGUGCUGAAGCAUCAAACAUCUUAGUUGGAGAAUUGGAGUUCUUAGAUCGAACUGUAGUUGCGUUUGUCAGGUUGUCUCCAGCUGUAUUGCUUCAAGGACUGGCUGAAGUCCCAAUCCCAACCAGAUUUUUGUUCAUUCUUCUGGGACCCCUGGGAAAGGGUCAACAGUACCAUGAGAUUGGCAGAUCAAUUGCAACCCUAAUGACAGAUGAGGUAUUUCAUGACGUUGCUUACAAAGCUAAAGAUCGUAAUGACUUGGUAUCAGGAAUUGAUGAAUUUCUGGAUCAGGUUACUGUUCUCCCUCCUGGAGAAUGGGAUCCAAGCAUUCGAAUAGAGCCUCCCAAAAAUGUUCCUUCCCAGGAGAAGAGGAAGAUUCCUGCUGUGCCAAAUGGAACAGCAGCCCACGGGGAAGCUGAGCCCCAUGGAGGACAUAGUGGACCUGAACUCCAGCGAACCGGAAGGAUUUUUGGGGGACUUAUUUUAGAUAUCAAAAGAAAAGCUCCAUACUUCUGGAGUGACUUCACAGAUGCUUUCAGCCUGCAGUGCUUAGCAUCUUUUCUAUUUCUCUACUGCGCGUGUAUGUCUCCUGUCAUCACAUUUGGAGGACUGCUGGGAGAAGCAACUGAAGGGCGUAUAAGUGCAAUCGAAUCUCUCUUUGGAGCAUCCAUGACCGGGAUAGCCUAUUCUCUCUUUGGUGGACAGCCUCUUACCAUAUUAGGCAGUACAGGACCAGUUUUGGUGUUUGAAAAGAUUUUGUUUAAAUUUUGCAAAGAAUAUGGGCUGUCAUACCUGUCUUUAAGAGCUAGUAUUGGACUUUGGACUGCAACCCUAUGUAUCAUACUUGUGGCCACUGAUGCAAGUUCUCUUGUCUGCUAUAUCACCCGGUUUACUGAAGAAGCUUUUGCUUCCCUAAUUUGCAUCAUUUUCAUUUAUGAAGCCCUGGAGAAGUUGUUUGAGCUCAGUGAAGCAUAUCCAAUCAACAUGCAUAAUGAUUUGGAACUGCUGACACAAUACUCGUGUAACUGUGUGGAACCACAUAAUCCCAGCAAUGACACAUUGAAGGAAUGGAAGGAGUCCAAUAUUUCUGCCUCUGACAUAAUUUGGGAGAAUCUAACUGUGUCAGAAUGCAAGUCACUGCAUGGAGAGUACGUUGGACGAGCCUGUGGCCAUGAUCAUCCGUAUGUUCCAGAUGUUCUAUUUUGGUCAGUGAUUCUGUUCUUUUCUACGGUUACUCUGUCAGCCACCCUGAAGCAGUUCAAGACUAGCCGAUAUUUUCCAACCAAGGUUCGAUCCAUAGUUAGUGACUUCGCUGUCUUUCUUACAAUUCUGUGUAUGGUUUUAAUUGACUAUGCCAUUGGAAUCCCAUCUCCAAAGCUGCAAGUACCAAGUGUUUUCAAGCCCACCAGAGAUGAUCGUGGCUGGUUUGUUACACCUUUAGGUCCAAAUCCAUGGUGGACAGUAAUAGCUGCUGUUAUUCCAGCUUUGCUUUGCACUAUUCUAAUUUUUAUGGACCAACAGAUUACAGCUGUCAUCAUCAAUAGAAAAGAGCAUAAGCUAAAGAAAGGUUGUGGGUACCAUCUGGAUCUAUUAAUGGUGGCUGUCAUGCUCGGUGUGUGCUCCAUCAUGGGCCUGCCGUGGUUUGUGGCUGCCACGGUCCUCUCCAUCACUCAUGUCAACAGUCUAAAACUGGAAUCAGAAUGCUCAGCUCCAGGAGAACAGCCCAAAUUUCUUGGCAUUCGGGAGCAAAGAGUUACAGGGCUUAUGAUUUUUAUUCUUAUGGGUUCAUCAGUCUUUAUGACCAGUAUUUUGAAGUUUAUUCCCAUGCCAGUGCUAUAUGGAGUGUUUCUUUAUAUGGGUGCUUCAUCUCUAAAGGGAAUUCAGCUCUUUGAUAGAAUAAAGCUCUUCUGGAUGCCUGCAAAACAUCAACCAGACUUUAUAUAUCUAAGGCAUGUACCACUUCGAAAAGUCCAUCUCUUCACAAUUAUUCAGAUGAGUUGCCUCGGCCUUUUGUGGAUAAUAAAAGUUUCAAGAGCUGCUAUUGUGUUUCCCAUGAUGGUGUUAGCCCUGGUAUUUGUAAGAAAGUUGAUGGACUUGUUGUUUACCAAACGAGAACUCAGCUGGCUGGAUGACUUAAUGCCUGAGAGUAAGAAAAAGAAACUAGAAGAUGCUGAAAAGGAAGAAGAACAAAGUAUGCUAGCUAUGGAAGAUGAGGGCACAGUGCAACUCCCGUUGGAAGGGCACUACAGAGAUGAUCCAUCUGUGAUCAAUAUUUCUGAUGAAAUGUCAAAGACUGCCUUGUGGAGGAACCUUCUGAUUACUGCCGAUAACACAAAAGAUAAGGAGUCAAGCUUUCCUUCUAAAAGCUCCCCUUCCUAAUCACUCUAGAAGCUGAUUCCCCAAAGCACUGAAAGCCGAAAAGAGAAGAAAGCUGACUCAGGGAAAGGUGUUGACAGGGAGACUUGUCUAUGACUUGAUCUUCAAUUUAUUUUUUACAUAUAUAUGAGAAGAGUGUCACAAUUAUUAAUAAAACUGCUUUGAUCAUGUAUUGUAAAUUCUGUCUCUCAUCCCAAAUCCACCUUCAUACUGUAAGUAGUGCAAUACUUGUUUCAUUUCUGUGUUUAAACAACUGAACGGUGAGACACCCUUGUGAGCAGAAACAAUAGGUAAUGUAAGAAUCUAUGUGUUCCUUGCUGUAUGUUAGACAUUUGUAAAUACUGGAUUCUCAUUGUCAGUUUUAUGAGAGCAAUAGCUUCCUUAAAGAAAUAAGUCAUAUUUACCAAGUUUGUAUUUUCCUACUGUAGUGACCUGAAGAUGUCUAAUAAUUUCAUUCAGAAGAAUUUUGAAAGAUAGUCUUACUUCUUUUUAUUUUUUAUAGCUUAGCGUUAGUGACUUAUUUCAAAAGACCCAAAUCAAAAAGUUAGUUUGAAAGCAUUUUUAAUAAUUGUAUUUAUGCAUUUCCUUGAUUUAAUAUGAUACAUUUAAUACUUAACAAUUUAUAUGUAACUGAAACUUAAAGUCAUUUGAAAAACUAUAUAGAAACCUGUUCAAAACUUGUUAAAAAGAAUCAGAUAUGAUGCAAAGGAGUCAAGUAGUAUUUGCUUAAAAUUCAAGUUGUGACUACAUGAUUAAAUAGUAGGCUUGUACGAAAUGCUUUAGAAAAACUUUGUAACAGUUUUGUGGGAUUUUCAUAUAAACCUUUAUCAGAAAUGUGCUGUUAAGUUUCUCUCCCAUUGAAAACAGAUGUUUUCCAAAUAAACCUAUUAUAUACAUGCACGUGGAAUAUCACAUGUGAAUCAUUGUACAUGAAAUUCCACUCCUGUACAGUUAUCUGCUGCUAGUGGUCAUGUACUGCUUAAUGCUGGUCCUGAAUCACAUUCUAAUGUUAGACCAAUAGGUCUCCAAUUGUACUUUUUUUUUCUCUGCAAAGUUUUUUCCACUUUUUACUUAUUGCAUGUUGUGGAAAACAAUCUUUUAAAUGAAAAUUUUAGAUUCUGUUUGAGAACAUUCUGUAUAUAUUUCAGUCCAAAUGGAAUAAUGCAUCUUUACCAAGCUUAUACAAGAGGAAGGAAAGUUAAGAAGUUUUUGAGUAUUAUUAAAAUACAAUUUCAUUCCAUUUUAGAUGAAUAUGAACUUAAUAAAGACUAAAUCUCAUAGUGCUCUUGGUUCCUAAGUAUGAUCAAUGAUCAUGAACUUUAUAAUACUUCAAUGUUCAAGUUUACAAUAAUUCAGAGCCCUGUGGCUUUUUCAGACUAUUAAUUAUGUACUCUGUAAGUGCACAUGAAAAGUGCAAAAAAAAUUCUUCUUGUGAUUAAGCUAAUGAGGGAAAAAAAUCAACAAAGCCUCCAUUAGGUUCAAUAUUUUGAUACAUUUUACAAAUUACCCUCAUAAUCCUUUAAAGAUUUUUUUUUCUUAUGGAACGUGAGCUUAAAAAUUAUGGGAAGAAUAAUUUGCAGUUAAUAAAGUUUUUAUUUAUAAAUGCUGAAGAAAAAUACAGAAACUUCCUGUUCCAGAUGUGUUGCCUUUGUGUAUUUUAUAAUAGAGAUACUAUAUUGUAAACAUUUCCAUUGUUUUAUGAUUUAGCCAGUCAGUCCCAGAAGCAGCCUCUUAGUGUUUUAAUAUAUUAAUGACUGUUCUGUUAAAAUGAUCAUAGUGAGUUAAAACCUUCACGUGAUCUCCUAUUUGAAUAAGCAAUCAUAUCCAAUGAAAUUCUGUAUUUCUGAGUAUUUUUAUAGUCAUUUUGUUCUUGUGUGAAUUUUAAUGCUAUCCCUAUGUUAACCUAAUAUUUUGAAAUCAUAAAAAAUAUAAGAAAAAUGUAGUGUUAUAUAUUUACUCCUAAUUUCAGACUCCUGGUCAAAAUUACUGAAUAUAUUGAAUGUAAUUUAGUGCAAAGUUUAAGUAAUGUGUAAAUGUGACUAGGAUAUUGUGUUUUUCACAACUAAGAAAUGUUAUGUGGAAAUAAAUAUUUAUCCUAACUAAUUUCCUUGCA